AUGCUCAGACUCAUUCCCACGCCCACGCUCUCGGUCACACUGGCCACCGCCGCGCGGAGGCUGACCUCGGACGGCUACCUCCACAAGACCCGCAUCCCCACGUACAAGUUCCAGGACUCACUGCCGGAGAUCCCCAUCCCGGAGCUGGAUGCUACCUUGGACAAGUAUCUGGAGGCGGUGACUCCGCUGGCGUCGCCGGCUGAGCUCAAAGCCACCCGGGCUGCUGUCGAGGCUUUCCGCGCCGGGCCCGGGCCAAAGCUACAGGCCGAGCUGUUGGCCUCGCGCGAGGGCGUGUACGGCUCGUACAUUGCCGAUCACUGGCUCGACAUGUACCUCGAGUCGCGCGCCGGACUCAUGAUUCACAUGAACCCGCAGCUGACGCUCAAGCCCGAUACCCGCGGCCUGGAUCAAGCAGAGCGCGCGGCGUCGCUGAUGGUCUCGGCUGGGCGCUUCUACCGCACCCUCCGCGACGGCCACCUCAAGCCAGACGUCUUCCCGCUCUCUUCGCUCGGCUCGGCAUGGUGGAUGAAGGCGUUGGCGGCGAUUGGCAAGACUCCGGUGUACGAGACACUGCUCGCCCUUGCGCCGCGCAGCAUCGCGUCCAAGCUCGCCCUCGGCGGCGGCCUCGUCCCGCUCGACAUGUCGCAGUACGCACACCUGUUUGGAACGACCCGCCUGCCGCGCAAGGACAAAGACGAGCUUGUCUGCGCGCUCAAGCCUGGUGCGCCGGAGCCCAAGCACGUGUCUGUCCAGUGGGGUCACCGGUUCUUCGCGAUUGACAUCAUGGACGACGCCGGCGACGUACUCCCGUUUGAAGACGUGGUGGCAAGCAUCCGCACUGUUCUCGCCACCGACCGCACGCCGCCCGGCUCUGCACCGGUCGGCGUCUGCACUUCCGUCGACCGUGACGAGUGGGCAACGACCCGAGAGCUGCUGGCAAACGCCGCGCCGGGCAACGCCGCUGCGCUUGCCACCAUCGAUGCAGCCCUCUUCAACGUCACCCUCGAGCACACGGCGCCGCGUGACCCGUUUGAGAUCAUCAACGAGCACAUGGACGCGACUGGACUCUCCAUGCACGACGCUGUCGCCGAGCUCAAGGCCUCACCGGCCACUGACCCGUUUGCCCAGCUCAAGAGCUUCCUGCACGGCGACGGCACGAACCGCUGGUUCGACAAGUCGUUCACUCUCAUUGUCGACGCCGCCGCCAACGCCGCCAUCAACUUUGAGCAUACCUGGGGCGACGGUCUCGCGGUUCUCCGGUUCUGCAACGAGAUCUAUGCUGACUCGCUUGCCAGCGAGCCGCGCCCGGCCGCUGACACCGCCAGCAUCACCGAGCUCGUGUUCGACACCUCGGCGCCCGAGCUGGCCGCUGCCAUCGACUCGGCCGCCACUGCCGCCUCCGACGUCAUCAAGAGCCUCGACUACUCGGCUGCUGUCGUGCCUGCACUUGGCUCGACCGCCAUCAAGAGCCACAAGCUCUCGCCGGACUCGACGCUGCAGAUGGCUCUCCAGCUCGCGUACUACCGCAUGCACGGCAAGUCCGGCUCGACGUACGAGGCCGCCGCCAUGGCGUACUUUAAGGAGGGCCGGACCGAGACCAUUCGGUCGGCGUCCAUCGAGUCGGAUGCCAUGUGUGCCACCUUUGACGACCCCGCGGCGACCAAGGCCGACAAGGAGGCCGCCUUCCGCGCCGCAGUCGCCAAGCACUCUGCGCUGGCCCGCGACGCCCAGACCGGCAAGGGCAUCGAUCGCCACCUCUUUGUCCUCCGCCGCAUGGCUGAAGCCGCCGGUAUCGACACCCCUCUCUUCGCCGACGACGUCUACCAGCGCUUCGCGACCAUCGUCGUCUCCACCUCGACCCUCCCCGCCUCGCCCGCCCUGGACAAGGGCGGCUUUGGCCCGGUCUCGCCCGAGUGCUUUGGCGUCGGCUACGGCAUCACCCCCGACGCCGCCCACUUUUCCGUCACCACCUUUGGCCAGGACACCGCCGCGUUCUGCGCCGCCGUCGAAUCUGCCCUCAACGACAUCAAGGACGCCGAGGUGGAGGCGCCGCUACAGAGGCUGGAGGAGGGGUACGCGUCGGUGGACGCGGUGGUGGUCGUCAACGAGCACGGCUUCCCGUUGCAUGCCUCGGGCCUGCCGUCGGCAGGGGCAGCCAACGCCGUGGCCAAGGCCAUGAACGACCUCUCGCAUCUGGCUCGCAACAUGGUCCGCGACAUCGAGCCGGACGAUGAGCUGCUCUUUCUCCGCCUCCGUUGUGGAAAGACCGAGUGGGUCGUCGGCGCCAAGGAAGACCACCUCGUCGUUGCCCGCCAGAACCUCCGCAAGCUGCACUCGGACAUCAUGACUCGUGUCCAAUCCGACGCAGACGCACAGGCCUCCCAUCCUGCUGAAGACUCGCCACACCCGGAGAGGACCUCGCUCAUUCACUCGGGCGAGCUCGACGGCCUUGCAUCGCUGUAG